AUGAGGCUAGCAAUCUUCUACCAAAGCCCAGCGACUUCCAGGCUGGUUCGCCCAACUAGGAAAUACUCAGCCCACUGCAUCUUUGUAUACGACAGGAACCAAUACCAAGUGCUCGAGGUGAACAAGACCACGUACGAUAACUGCACCCUCGACCGGCCGAUCCAUAACUUCACGGGUGGGGCCGGGAGGGAUGUGGUGGCACUCAACCAGACUCGAAAUUACUAUUUCAUAAGCAGCGUGGGAUACUGUUUCGGGGGCAUGAAGCUCGCUGUACAUGUCGAGAAUCCCCCACCUCCCCCCUCGGCUUCACCCUCGAGAAACGGGUCUCCCUCGAGCCUCGUGUCUUCUUUCCGAGCCCGGGCCUUGAUUCCAGCCCUUUUCGCGGCUGCUGCUGUUUGGGACUCGUUCCUUCUGCUCGUGUAA